UGCAGAGGUUGACAUGAUGGGAUCAACCAGCUUUACCAAUCCAUAUGCGAUUGAAGUGAUUCGGAUGAAGAAAAAUGAGCUGGUCAGUGGAAUUUCCAACACAGAGGAUUUGCUGAACCUUCUCAUUGCAAACGGAGUUCUUCAACCCGACAGCCGAACCCUGAUGUCCAGCGUCACAGCACAAGAGGAGAAGAACACCAAAAUGUUAAACAUCUUGAUCUCGAGAGGAGAGCGUGCCUGUCGCAUCUUCUUCUACCCUUGUCUAAAAAAAGUGGAACCUGUCCUUUAUCAGCACGUGAGAACUUACGUAGGCGGAGUUAAUGAGGGCAUUAGAGAUGCAAGGAGACAGCUAAUUGGAUAUCUGCUAGAAAAAGACAAACAAGGCCUCGUCAAACACCCAAAAUCAAUCAGGGAACAUCACCCCGAAAAAAGCCCACCAAAGAGUAUAACAAAUGAGGCUUCUUCUUUGGAAAAAACGAAACAAAUCCCUAAACCUGAAAGUGACGAUGAUGCCAUCCUUAAAGCUGUAUCCACCGGUGAUAUACAUCUUUUGCAGGACCUUAUCAAAGGUAUGGAUAUCAAUCGUCCACCUCACCUGUCCGGUCCCCUAUUGCAUCUUGCUGCUGAACACGGUAAGGAGGCCAUCAUAUACUUUUUGCUCAGACAGGGGGCUAAACUGAAUUUAAAAGACAGGGAGGGCCGUACUGCCCUGCACAGAGCAUCAGAGAGGGGCCACACUAACGCUGCUGUGGCUCUUGCAAAGGCCGGGGCUGAUAUCCAUGAUACAGACAAAGCAUCAAAGACUCCCUUGCAUCUAGCUGCCCACAAUGGACAUGACAGUACAGUCAAAGCUCUGGUGCUUGAGGAGAACAGAAAUUUUAAGAACCAGACAACAGUUUUACACAUGGCUGCCAUACAGGAUGAUGCUACACUGGCAGAGGUUCUUCUGCGAAAUGGUGCUUUGGUCGAUACCAAAGAUGGCCAAAGAAAAACAGCUCUCCAUCACGCUGUACACCAUGGAAAUGAGAAAACCGCUGCAGUUCUGCUUAAAGCCGGAGCUCAGGUGGAUUCUGUGAUUGUGGAUGCCGCGUUUGAGCUGAACCGAAAGUCUUUCCUGUCUUCGUUUUUGCAGUACAUGCAGAAGUCCAUGUCUCAAAAUGAAGUCAACUCUGCUCUUUUCAAAGCAGUACAGAGGAACUUGGACGAAGUUGUGGCUGCACUCGUUGAUCAUGGUGCAGAUAUUAAUUGUUGUAAUGAGCUUGGAUAUACACCUAUGUUGCUGGCUGCAGAGCUGGGAAACACAGAGGUCUUUAAAGUGCUGGUCGCAAAAAAAGCUAGACUGGAUGAUAGACUGCCAAACCAGAUAUCUGCUCUUCACCUGGCCAUUCAGAGUGGCAGUAUGCAAGUUGCACAGAUGCUGCUGGAUAAGGGCAUAGACCCCAACAUCACUGGCCCUAAAGAUCAGACCCCUCUACAUCUAAGCGCAUUACAUAACCAGCCAGCUUUGAUGGUGCUAUUGUUGCGUAAGGGGGCUGAAAUUAACUCCGUCACCCAGGAUGGGCUCACUGCCCUGCACCUUGCAUGCCACAGCGGUCACAGCCAAGCUGUCUCCCAACUUCUGGAGGGCAAGGCGGACAUCCACGUUAAAGACAAACAGGGAAGAACAGCCAUGCACUGGGCAGCUACACAAGGUGAUGCCGGCAUCAUACAGCUGUUACUCACUGCGGGGUGUGAUGCCAAUGCACCUGAUAAAGAAAAAAAGUCCCCACUACACCUGGCUUCGAUGGAGGGUCACACUAAAGCAGUUUCAGUGCUGCUGGCUGGUAAGGCUAAAGUUGGAGCUAAGGAUAUGGAUGGAUGUUCUCCACUGCAUUACGCUGCUAGCAAGGGGAAAGUAAAAACUGCAGCUGUUCUUCUUGCAUCUGCUAAGAGCAAGAAUGUGAAUGAUAAGAAUGUGUGGAGGAGGACUCCUCUACAUUUAGCUGCAGAACAUGGACAAGACCUGCUGGUGGAGCUACUGCUCGAGAAGGGCGCCAAGAUCAACACCCUGGAUAACAAUAAAGACACGGCGCUGCACUGUGCUUGCCGUGCCGGACAUGUGGAAACAGUGCAAAAACUGGUGAACUGGACACAUGGCGAGCGAGCAAAUUUACAGGCAACUAAUAACGUGAAUAAAAACGCCCUUCAGGUGGCAGAGGCAGAAGGUACACAAGCCCACCAGAGCAUAAGUACCCUGCUGAAGAAAAAAAUGUUCCUUGUAAAAUGA